CACAGCUCGUCAGUGUAGAGGACAAAACAUCAUCCUGUAGUUUGUCCUGGUAAAAACGUAGAAGAGGAGUUUCUCUCCACCAUCUUCAUCCAGGACAUUGAGUUUAAGUCCAGCUGAAGUCUAACCAUGUCCAUCGACCCUGCGGCCGAGCUGCCCUUCUUCUACGGCAGCAUCAGUCGCUCAGACGCCGAGCAGCACCUGAAACUGGCUGGGAUGGCCGACGGUCUCUUCUUGCUCCGGCAGUGUCUCCGCAGUCUGGGUGGCUACGUCCUGUCUCUGGCGUGGACCGUCGAGUUUCACCACUACUCCAUAGAGAAGCAGCUGAACGGGACGUACUGCAUCGUAGGAGGGAAGCCCCACUGUGGGCCUGCAGAGCUCUGUGAGUUCUACAGCAAGGAUGCUGACGGGCUGGUGUGCGCCCUGAGGAAACCCUGUCUGCGCUCUCCAGAUAUGCCGAUACAGCUCGGCGUGUUCGACAGCCUAAGAGAAAACAUGCUGAGGGAGUAUGUGAAGCAGACCUGGAACCUGGAGGGAGAAGCCAUGGAACAGGCCAUCAUCAGCCAAGCUCCUCAGCUGGAGAAGCUGAUCGCCACUACAGCCCACGAGAGGAUGCCUUGGUAUCAUGGUAAAAUCGCCCGGCAGGAAGGAGAGAGGCGGCUGUACUCUGGUGCACAACCGGACGGAAAGUUUCUAGUGCGAGACAGAGAUGAUUCUGGGACUUUUGCACUCUCAAUGAUAUAUGGGAAAACAGUUUACCACUAUCAGAUACUCCAGGAAAAAUCUGGUAAAUUCUCCAUGCCAGAGGGAACAAAGUUUGACACGAUCUGGCAGCUGGUCGAGUACCUGAAGAUGAAACCUGACGGCCUGGUGACGGUUCUCGUAGAGGCGUGCCUCAACGGCAAAGCUGGCGCAAAGAUACCAAGUCUUCCUGCAACAAGACGUGCAAAUGGAUACACACCGCCACCUCGAGUGGUUGCAGCGGCCUCCAACUCAGCUGCAGAGCGGGAUCUUCUACCUAUGGACUGCACUGGGUUCAACGCGUACCACAACCCGAACGACUUGAAGAAGUUUGACAUCAAGAGGAGUCAGCUGCUGAUGGACGAGGUGGAGCUCGGCUCUGGGAACUUUGGCUGCGUCAAGAAGGGAGUUCUCAAGACUGAGGCUGGUCAGAUCGACGUGGCCAUCAAAGUGCUGAAGAAUGAGAAUGAGAAGCUGGUGAAGGAGGAGAUGAUGAGGGAAGCCGAGAUCAUGCACCAGCUGAACAACCCCUUCAUCGUCAGGAUGCUCGGCCUCUGCAACGCUGAGAGCCUCAUGCUGGUCAUGGAGAUGGCUUCUGCUGGACCCCUCAACAAAUACCUUAGCAGCAACAAGGAUACUGUAACUGCAGAGACCAUUGUCAACCUGAUGCACCAGGUGUCGAUGGGGAUGAAGUAUCUGGAGGAGAAGAACUUUGUGCACAGAGAUUUGGCAGCUCGUAACGUCCUGCUGGUCACACAACAGUUUGCCAAAAUCAGUGAUUUUGGACUCUCAAAGGCCCUGGGAGCAGAUGACAACUACUACAAGGCUCGCACUGCAGGUAAAUGGCCCCUGAAGUGGUACGCUCCAGAGUGUAUUAACUUCCACAAAUUCUCCAGUAAAAGUGACGUGUGGAGUUUUGGUGUCACCAUGUGGGAGGCCUUCUCCUAUGGAGGGAAGCCUUACAAGAAAAUGAAAGGACCGGAGGUGACACGUUUGAUUGAGAGUGGAAGCCGGAUGGACUGUCCAGUGGCGUGUCCAGAGCGAAUGUAUACACUGAUGAAAGAGUGCUGGACGUACAAGCACGAAGAGCGUCCAGACUUCAAGAAGGUUGAGGAGUCCAUGAGGUUGUACCAUUACUCCAUUUCCAACAAGGCCAAGCCUGAGGGAGCCACAGCCACUGCAGAGCCUGUCAAGUAGACAAGAAACAAGCCACAUUCUGUUCCAGCGCUGCACAAAGCCUCCUUUCAGCUGGCCAUUAAACAACCAAAACAAAGAGCUUUUUAUGAACGGGCCACACUGACCAGCUUCAACUACUGUACCCAUACAGCUAAACAGGCCCAAGUGACAAUAAAUGUGCAUUUGUAUAUUAAACCUCAGUGGGUCGGCCAUGUGAGGAGGGUCUCUGUCUGUCUGUAGCGGUUUGAAUGUUCAGUGUCGACGUCCUCACGUUUAAAAUGUAUUUUUAUAUUCUGAGUGUAAUGAGAGCAAAUGGUACAAGUUGUUUUUUCAUUGUAACCUGCCACCACUUCAAUGCUGGGAUAUCAACAUUUCUGUGAAGUCAGCGAUACAAAGUCAAAGUUUGAUUUACUACCACACAAAGUUUCUGAAAAAGGAAAAAGGAGCAUUACCAUCAUAUAGGUCGACUAUGUGGGAUAUUUGAUUUAGAGAUACAGCAGAGUAAUUCCAAUAGACUGUAUAUAACAAUGCAAUGAUAUAAUCAUCAAUUACUGGUGAGGUCAAAGAUGACAGUUGUGACAGAAAUGUGUGGCAAAUAAUCAUUAAGAGGAUUACACAGCUGACCUUCAGACCCGGGCAUCCACGGCUCGACCUAAACUAUUCUUCAAAAACAGAAAGUCUUACAUUGAACAGCAGCACAGUUUUUGGUGUGUUAAGAAGGGUUAUUAUAGCCAAUGACUUUUUUAAAUAGCACCACAUAAACAAAUAGUCCGAAAUAACCAGUAGUUUAAAUUGGCCUUAUGUGCAGAGAUACAUUUUAGGUUAAAGGUCAAUAGCUUUAGAACCUUUAAUUGUUCAGGAACCAGAUGUUGGCUUUGGUUUUCCAAUUGGUAAUUCAAACAUGAUAUUGUGGUUCAUAGUAACUGCGUUAUUAAAUAAAUGGGAUUAGUCAGGCUGCCCCCUGCCAAAGGAAGUAACUCUGAGCUGCCAGGCAACACCGAGGGCCACACAACACAGGAAGUUCAUCAAAUAGUCUUCAAAAUAAAGGCCUCAAAGUUUUCACAUAAACCAAUUGACCCAUUUGUGUGGUUCUGACGAAACGUACUGCUGGAUUUAGUAUGUAUCUGUAUUCAAAGUUUUAAUAAAGUAAGAGUAAAGAAGUAUAAGCAGCAAAAUGUAUACAGGUAAUCAAUGUGAUAUAUAAAGGAACAGCUCAAAAUUAUAUCACAUCUCACAUUUGGGAGAUUCAAGGAAACAUGUAAUCACAUUAUUACACAUUGGUUAGCGAACAAUCCACUUUUUCCUCAGCCACAGCCACCCCAAUGGGAUGUUGGCAGUUCUAUACAUGUGCACGAUAAAAACAUAUUAUGUUAUUGUGCGGUUUGUCCCUAUUGUCUUAUAAUACGUGUUUAAAGUAUAAAGUUAUAUAAAGUGUGAAAAUAAUAAAUAA